AUGGGGCCCCCGGGCAAUAGGGGAUCAUGGGGCCCGUGUCCUUGCCCAAACUCAAAAAAAGCCUAUGAAAAAAGGUACCAGGGGCAUCUCAUGGGGCCCCCUACUAACCCCGGGCCCUCGGGCAGUGCCCGAGUUUCCAAAUGGUCAGUCCGCCCCUGCUAGCAAGGUGUACCUAAUAAAGUGGCCAACCAGGGGCGGACUGACAACUCAUGGGGCCCCCAGGCAAUAGGGGUUCAUGGGGCCCCUGUGUCCUUGCCCAAACUCAAAAAAGCCUAUGAAAAAGGUACCAGGGGCAUCUCAUGGGGCCCCCUACUGACCCCGGGCCCUGGGGCAGUGCCCGAGUUUCCAAAUGGUCAGUCCGCCCCUGCUCC